AUGUGUAAACAAGGAAGCAGAGAGAGACAAGUAGGAGAGAAGAUGAGAGAGGCUUUGGAAGUGAAUUUGAGGGAUAAGGAGAGGGAGAGGGUGUCAAUUUGUAGUGCCUAA